AUCAGCCAGCUACCCUCCCCCCCCCAAACCAACCCCCCCCCCUCAAGCAAAAUCCGAGACUCACCCACUCUCUCUCUCUUCUCUCCCUCACCAGCUUCACGGCCCAUCGACCCCCGGCCCCUGGCCCACGGACGGCCCAUCGACCACGACCAUGGCAUCAUCUAAACCCGCCGUGUCUUUUAUUGGCCUUGGGGCCAUGGGCUUCGGCCUGGCUACCAACCUCGUCAAGAAGGGCUUCCCAGUCACCGGCUUCGACGUCUGGGCCCCGACCCUCGAGCGAUUCCGUCAGGCGGGGGGCUCCUCGGCAGCAACCCCCGCCGAGGCUGUCGCAGAGAAGCCUCUCUGUGUUGUCAUGGUGGCGACUGCGCAGCAAGCCCAGAGUGUUCUGCUGGAUGGAGAUUCUCCCGCCCUGCCCGCCCUGCCCCGCGGCGCCGCCCUGCUCAUCUGCUCCACCGUCCCUGCUGCCUUUGUCCAGGGCCUCGCCGGGCAGCUGGUCCGCCUGGGCAGGCAUGACAUCUCCCUGAUCGACUGCCCCGUCUCCGGUGGCGCCAUAAGAGCCGCCCAGGGCACCCUCUCCAUCAUGGCCGGCGCCACCGAGGCCGCCAUCGCAAAGGGGAGGGGGCUGCUGCAGGCCAUGUCCGCCCCCAACAAGUUGUACCUUGUCGCCGGCCCCGACGCCAUCGGAGCCGGCAGCAACCUCAAGAUGUGCCACCAGGUCCUGGCCGCCGUCCAGAUCCUGUCGGCGAGCGAGGCGCUGGGCUUCGCGACCCAUCUGGGCCUGGACCUGGGCUGGGCUUCAAACGAGAUCCUCAAGUCGGACGCCGCGAGCUGGAUGUUCGAGAACAGGCUUCCACGCCUGCUCGCCGCCGACUUCAAGCCCAUCGCCAGCGCUGUCACCAUCAUCUUGAAGGACGCCGGCAUCAUCACCUCCGAGGCCAGGCGCUACGCCUUCCCCACCCCCAUGACCAGCGUGGCCGAGCAGGUUUACUUCGCCGGUCUGGGUAGGGGGUGGGGCGCCGACGACGACGCGAGCAUGCUGAGGCUGUACAGCGAAGGCGUCGCCAAGGUCGGGCCGGUCAAGGGCCAGUCUCGCACCCAAGAUGAGAAGCUGAGGCUGGUGGUCAACCUGCUCAGGGGCAUACAUCUGUGCUCCACCGCAGAGGCUAUUGCCUUCGCCAGCCACGUCGGCUUGGACCUCGACCAGGUCUUUGAUCUGUGCACCAACGCGGCUGGGGGCAGCGCAAUGUUGAAUCUCCACGGGCCCGACAUGAUCAAGGCCUUCCGCGGCGGCCGGGACCAGGUCGCCCGGGGCUGGGCCGCAGAACAGGGACACGGCAGCGGGUUGGAGGACAUCCUCGAGGGACUGCAGGCCGCGGUAGACGAGGCUCAACUGCUCAAGAUGCCACUGUUCCUGGGUAACCAAGCGCUGAACCUGAUGCGUCUUGCUCUGCAGCGCGGUUCCAGCGGUCAAGACGGUUUGGCGGCGGCGGCGGUGGCAAGGAUGUGGGUUGUUUAA